UGGGAAUCGGUCAGAUGCUGCAUUCGAGCGCACGCGAUUCAUCGGAAGGCACGCGACUCAUCUGGAAAGAACUUUUCUACCAUGGAACACCUCACGUCUUAACUUACUUCAUUCGUUGAAUGGCUGGGAGAAUACAUUCCAGAGCUUACUGCUGGUUCACCAGAAGGCAAAGGCUCUGCAAUAGGGAAGACCACUUCUCAAGACAUGGACUGGAAAAGAGACAAAGCUGAGGAUACGACAACUAACUGGCUGCAGCACUUGCCCAAAACACAUGGCAAACGCAAAGUGGUCAUCGCCUCUCUGGCUUUCCAGAAGACCUGGGCACAGGUAUGUUGUCUGCUGGAAAGACUGGAGGAGGAGUACAAGAGGAUGGAGGACUGGUGCUGCGCAACAGGCAAGCCUGACUCCAGCGCUCAGAUGGUUCUUGUGACUUCCAUGAUCAGGAAACACCUGGAACAGAAGGAAUUCUUCCUCAAGGCCUGUGUUAACAAAGGGAAUCGCAGAUAUCUUCUACCAGUACAUAGAGAGGAACGGCUCGACAAUGGGAAGGCUGGGUCACGACCAAGAAGAGCAUGUUGCAGAAAGCAGCAAAUGGACCAGUGUCUGCAGUAUUUGUCGUUUGAACGCCGUGCCACAAAGUUGACUGAGCCCAAGAGCGAAUUCAAGAUAUGGGAGAGCUUUACCUGUCGAUGCACUACUCCACCGGCUCAGGCAUCGGCUUCAAGCAGGAGCUGCUGAAGGAGAAAGAAAACCUUAACAUCAUCAGCAAGCAAAUUGAAGAAUGCGCUCAGCAGGCAUGAAAAUGGGUCAGGGGUUAAAAAGGUGAGAAGGGUGUGGAGGAAAUAUGUUCCAGUACACUGUACACCCCAACAAAAUAUUGAGCUCUGUCAAACCCACACUGUGUUUCAGCAGGGCCAUGCAGAGACCGGUGGAGGGGCGGGUGCUCGUAGAUCAAAAGGGGCACAUGAACAAGUAUUUAAUACACCUUAAAACAACAUAACUUCAAUUUUAACCAGCUUUAGAUAAUAACUGACAUACUUUAAUUGGGAGGGGGCAACAGUGAAUAGAAAUCAAAACUGUCAUCAACACUUUCUGGCUGUGACUCAGUCAGUCCGCCUCUUUUCUUCCUUCAACCUCUGCAUCAAAACUUCCUUCCUCAACUUGUUCAUCUGAGAACAAACCACAUCAGAUGGUCAAUGAGCCACCAACAGCAGUUUUCUUAAAACUAUUAUUUCAUUAAUAUCCAUACUUAACAACUCUAGCACCUAAUGAUUAAUAAAGCAAUGACAUAAAAAUCUUAUAGAAAAAUAACAUUGUAAUUGUGUUUAUAAUUGUAUUUAAUACCCGACUAUCCUUGCAAACUUGUUCUUACCAGGUCUGCUAUUCACCCAGCUGAUGAGGUAUCCACUGCCUUUAGCAGCCUCAUCUAACUCCUUUUCUUAUCCCUCAGUCUCCCUUCCCUACGACGCAUGUCUAUGUAAUGAAAUAUAAAUAUUAAAAAAAAAAAAAAAAAAAAACAGACUCCCCGGUGGCUUUUAGUUUUAAAGCUUUCUUAAUUUCUUUCUCUCUCAAUAACGAUGGAGGUAGAUUUGUGUUUUUAUUAUUCAAUCAAAAAACAAAGUUACUUCUAUCAAAAACAAAGUUGCUUCAAUCAAAAUACAGUACAUACUUUUAAUCCCCAGAAAGUCACUUCAAUAAAAAAAAUUGUUUUUGAUUGCAAAAAUAAAUUUGAGACAAAAAAAGCAUUUGAAAACUAUUUUUCUUGAUUGAAACAAAUUUUUCCAUUGAAGUAAUGUUUUGUGUUUGGGCCACAUUUUGGCUAGGACAUUUGUGUCUUUAUUAUUCAAUCAAAUAAGUUGAUUCAAACAAAAAAAUAUAUAUAAAAAGAAAAACUUUGCACAUGUGUCAAUCACCGUUUACCAAAGCCUGAGAGGGUUUGAGUAGACUCACUAUGAAGCAUUUAAUCAAGCCAAGCAUUUUCUUACUACUUUAUUCUUGUUUAAAAAUAAUUCGGUGGGGCAGUAACAUGUUUAAAACAUCAUAAUUCUUACAUUUUGAAGUGCAUGAAAACCAUUUAUAAAUGAUACUCUGGUGAAAAAAGUGAAAAAAACAUGUCAUAUAUAUAUAUAUAUCUUCAAUGUAAAAUCUGAAUAAAUGCAUUGAACACGCACAAAAAAAUGGGGGGGGGCGCUACUUCGCGGUUUUCACGUAUUGCGGCGGGUUCCGGUCCCCAUUAACCGCGAAAAACGAGGGAUCCCUGUAUUUCUGAAAAGCUUUAAGAAGCAGGACUCAUUCCCACCACUCGUCGGGCCGGUGUUG